AUGGUGGCGCCAGGAAGCCAGUGGCCGCCCCUUUCAGGGGCCCGCGAAAACUCUGCAACCAACACCAACGAGCGCAUAUUGGAUGCCAAUUACGACGUGCGCCAGUUGCUGAAUCAUAUCAGCAGUAACAACUCUGUCAAAGUCCCGAAACCAGUAUUGGAAUACCUCAAAUCGAUUCAGGAGCUCACUGCAGACCUGAUUAAGAACCCAAUCGGCCAGGACUGGAAGCAGCAAUUUGAACAGCUGCGCCAGGAGACCAGCCAGAUUAAACAAGAUAUCCAUGCGGUGAGGAUAGCUUCUUCGAAUGUCAAUGCCAAUGGCAAUGCCAGCGGAUCGAAUCGGAUUCGUUCGUACGUCGACGCUGUCAAAAAUGCCCUGCCGCCGACGCACUUUUUGUCCAGCCAUGGCUCCGCGUCAACUAACCCCGCAUCGCCUUCCGAUCUCCUCCAGGACCGUCAGAUCAUUGUUAAACUGGGUGAUUCCGACGGCAUUAAACUGUUCCGUACCCGAACACCAGCCGAGAUCACGAAGCUUGCCGAAAAAGCGCGUGUAAAGGGAGCAAAGGCUACGCACAGGGUGACGGUGGUAUCGGCUAAGUUUGUCGCGGCGAGACAAUUGAAAUCGGGGGAUAUCUCGCUCAGCCUCUAUACUACAAAGGAGGCGGAGAUAAUGCGAUGCCACCGUGCUUGCUGGGUAAAGCAUUUGUGGAAGGGAUCGGAAGGAGACGAUGCAGAGAUCACCCAGAUCUCAUGGCUAGUCCUUCCAGAGGGCAAAAAGUCAGGUUCAAUGAUCGUGGAAUUCACCUCACCGCACACUGCGAACAAAGCCAUUGACACUAGAACACUCUAG